AAGAAAGGAGUCCUGCGCUUUCACAAAUUCACCAUAUAUGCAUAAGUACCCCCUCCCCAAACCCUCACACAUCCCAAAAAUUCACAAUUCUGUCAAUCGGAAUUUACAAUCAACCAAUCUACUUCAACAACAUGAGUAAUCAAGCAGAAUCAUCCGAUGCUAAGGGGACAAAGCGGGACUUCAGUACGGCGAUUCUGGAGCGGAAGAAGGCUGCUAACAGACUCGUUGUCGAUGAAGCAAUCAACGAUGAUAAUUCUGUUGUUGCCUUACAUCCCGAGACCAUGGAAAAGCUUCAGUUAUUCAGAGGCGACACCAUCUUGAUCAAGGGAAAGAAAAGGAAAGACACAAUCUGUAUAGCUCUUGCUGAUGACACUUGUGAAGAACCAAAGAUCAGGAUGAAUAAGGUAGUCAGAACAAAUCUCAGAGUCAGACUUGGUGAUGUAGUCUCAGUUCAUCAAUGUGCUGAUGUCAAAUACGGGAAACGUGUUCACAUUCUUCCAAUUGAUGACACAAUCGAAGGCGUAACAGGAAAUCUCUUCGAUGCUUAUCUAAAACCUUACUUCAUGGAGGCAUAUAGACCAGUGAGAAAGGGUGACUUCUUUCUUGUAAGGGGAGGAAUGAGAAGUGUAGAGUUCAAGGUCAUAGAAACAGAUCCACCAGAGUAUUGUGUAGUAGCACCCGAUACUGAAAUCUUCUGUGAAGGUGAACCCGUAAGAAGAGAAGAUGAAGAUCGGUUAGAUGAAAUCGGUUAUGAUGAUGUCGGUGGGGUCCGCAAACAAAUGGCACAAAUCCGUGAGCUAGUUGAGCUUCCAUUGAGACACCCACAGCUCUUUAAGUCAAUCGGGGUCAAACCCCCAAAGGGUAUUUUACUAUACGGACCCCCUGGAUCCGGGAAGACUUUAAUAGCUCGGGCAGUUGCUAACGAAACCGGGGCUUUCUUUUUCUGCAUCAAUGGGCCCGAAAUCAUGUCGAAAUUGGCAGGCGAAAGCGAGAGUAAUUUGAGGAAAGCUUUUGAAGAAGCUGAAAAGAACGCUCCAUCAAUUAUCUUCAUCGAUGAAAUUGACUCAAUUGCCCCUAAGCGUGAGAAGACACACGGUGAAGUUGAAAGAAGAAUUGUGUCACAGUUGUUGACUUUAAUGGACGGGUUGAAAUCGCGUGCACAUGUUAUUGUCAUGGGUGCUACCAAUCGUCCUAAUAGCAUUGACCCUGCGUUGAGAAGAUUUGGGAGGUUUGACCGAGAAAUUGACAUUGGUGUCCCUGAUGAGAUUGGGAGACUUGAAGUUCUUCGUAUUCAUACCAAGAACAUGAAAUUAGCUGAAGAUGUUGACUUGGAGAAGAUUUCGAAAGAGACACACGGGUAUGUGGGUGCUGACCUGGCGGCUUUGUGUACUGAAGCUGCACUUCAGUGUAUUAGAGAGAAGAUGGAUGUGAUUGAUUUGGAAGAUGAGUCGAUUGAUGCGGAGAUUUUGAACUCCAUGGCUGUAACGAAUGAGCACUUUGCAACUGCACUUGGGACUAGUAAUCCUUCUGCUCUCCGUGAGACUGUUGUGGAAGUGCCUAAUGUUAGUUGGGAAGAUAUCGGAGGCCUUGAGAAUGUCAAACGUGAGCUCCAAGAGACUGUUCAAUAUCCGGUUGAACACCCGGAGAAAUUUGAAAAAUUCGGAAUGUCACCAUCAAAGGGAGUCCUCUUCUAUGGCCCACCAGGGUGUGGGAAAACACUUCUCGCGAAAGCUAUCGCCAACGAAUGCCAAGCGAACUUCAUCAGCAUCAAGGGACCAGAACUACUCACAAUGUGGUUCGGUGAAAGUGAAGCGAAUGUACGCGAGAUCUUCGAUAAAGCACGUGGGUCCGCCCCUUGUGUUCUCUUCUUCGACGAACUCGACUCCAUCGCCACCCAGAGAGGAAGUAGUCAAGGAGAUGCGGGAGGUGCAGCAGAUCGGGUUUUGAACCAACUGUUAACCGAAAUGGACGGGAUGUCGGCGAAAAAGACGGUUUUCAUAAUCGGUGCGACGAACCGACCGGAUAUAAUCGACCCGGCACUUUUGAGACCCGGUCGACUCGAUCAGUUAAUUUACAUUCCUCUCCCUGAUGAAGAAUCUCGCUAUUCCAUCUUCAAAUCCGCUUUACGAAAGUCGCCCGUUGCAAAGGACGUUGACCUUCACGCCCUUGCUAAGUACACCCAAGGCUUCAGUGGCGCUGACAUCACCGAAAUCUGUCAACGCGCGUGCAAGUACGCCAUCCGUGAAAACAUUGAAAAAGAUAUUGAGAGGGAGAAGAAGAGGAGUGAGAAUCCGGAGGCGAUGGAGGAGGAUGUGGAGGAGGAUGAGGUGGCGGAGAUAAAGGCGGCUCAUUUUGAAGAGUCGAUGAAGUUUGCACGAAGGAGUGUGAGUGAUGGGGAUAUUAGGAAGUAUCAGGCGUUUGCGCAGACGUUGCAGCAGUCGAGAGGGUUUGGGUCGGAGUUUAGGUUUGCGGAGGCCAGCGGUGGUGCUGCGGCGGCGGGUGGUGGAGCGGACCCGUUUGGUGCAGCGGCAGGUGGUGCUGAUGAUGAUGAUCUUUAUAAUUAGUUUAGUUUGGUUAAUAAUGUCAUACACGGAUGAUGCUUUCUAAUAUCGUUGUCUGUGGUGUGAAAUCGUGAAAAUACUUGGUUUCUUGAAUUUAUUUAUGUAUUUAUGCAACUUAAAUCCUACCUUGUUUCUAUGA